UGCGACUGUCCGUUUCUGUCGUUGGAGAUCGAUUUUUGUGCGGUUGACAGAUUGAUGAUCGAAGUGAGCAGAAACUCUCUCCGAAGGCUCAGGUUGUGAUCGGUACUGUAGAAGGCUCACCUGCACAUUACACAUUGCACCUCAUUGCCAAAAUCUUUUUGGCUGAUGGUGAAUGUUUGUAAGAUGCUUGGUUUGCUCAUGCUUCACCUCGCUCUCGCAGCUGCGGAAUACAACGCCUUGCUGCAAGCAGCUAGUGAAGGGCUCGGGCAUGUGGGCCCCAAGCGAAUUCCAUGCCUGGUCCACCAAUUGUGGAAGGCGCAAAAUGGUCAGCAGCAGAACACAUUGAAGCUCAAGAACCCCACCUGUGAGUUUCAAUUUUGGAAUGACACAGAGAUGGAAACAUUCUGCAGGACGACGUCUCAGAACCAGAUUUGGCCCAUUUGGGAUCGGCUUGCACAUGCGGAAAAGGCGAGUGUUUUUGGAUACCUGGUUCUGUGGGACCAGGGAGGUUAUUUUGCAGACAUCAACGUGGAGUCGGUGAUUCCCAUAGACACCGAUCACCUGGCGACUUUCGUUGACCGCAAAGGACUUGUGCGGCAUGUGCUGUGUUGCCACAUUCAAAGCUGACACUAUAUAUAUAUAUACAUAAUUGACAAAGUCUGACACACUUCGACAUUGGUUUUCAGUUAACUCAAUUUCCAGGAAAAUGGUGAUAGAACGGCACGGUGAGAGAUUCAGUUCACUUGAAAGGUUGAACAAGCUGUUUGUGCGUGACUGCAGAACUCAGCGGUGGUGAACGAGUGGGUCUGAGAACUUCAAAGCAAAGAAAGGCGUUGGGCGCAAACGGCGGUGGCAGGUAAGACCGCCUGGGCCCAUUGGUUCGCCGGUUUUCUUUAAUGCACUGAAUUAAGUUCGCCUCCAGGCAGCCUGGCAGGUAUACAGUCUGGAGAUGUUUGGACGCUUUUCAAUCACGCAUCUCGUGAAUCGAUUGGCAAGAGGUCAGUCACGGUAUUUUCAACGCUCCGACUUGAAACCAGGCGAGUUGGCAUGCUGACGCAUGCCGGAAUACAACGUCAUCUGUCACCCUGAAUCAGGGGUGCGACUUUCGCCGCUGAUACCUUGACUUC